AUGUCUGAUUUCCUCUUUGGGGAUCUCACAGCAGGCACAGCCAUCCUGGGCAUUCUUCUCGGUAUGCUUCUGGCAGUGGUAGUUCCACGUCUACUAAAGCCGAGUACCACUCCUUCUGGUGAGAAGAAGGACUACAUGGACCUUGUGUCGACGGGACAGGUUCUGUUCGAUGACAACAGGAAGGAGGGCCAGUGCUGUGUGCAUUCUGCACAGAUCUUUGAAAAGCAGGUUGACUUCAACGCAUUUUCCAGACAGUUCGUCAAGAUCUACGGCACUAAUGGUCGCUUUGGACAGCGCCUGGUGCACAAGGAAGGUACUGUUACUUCGCUAGCAUACACUCAGCAGCCUACUUCGUAA